AUGAUCAAUGUGUCCGUGGUAACUGUCCUCGCGUCUCUGAGCGUCAGUUCUGACAGAUCUCAGUUCUUUGAAUAUGAGUCUGUCUCUCUGAGCUGUGAGGUUCAGGGGAACUCUGCUGGGUGGAGAGUGAUGAGGAACACAUCGAGAGGAAACCUUUCAGAGUGUAAUACUGACUGGGGAAAACAACAGGGGUCUUCAUGCAUCAUGUUGCUAAUACCAGCAGACAGUGGAGUGUACUGGUGUGAGUCUGGGUCUGGAGAACACAGCCAUGCUGUCAACAUCACAGUACCUGUUGGAGCUGUGAUCCUGGAGAGCCCUGCCCUUCCUGUGACUGAGGGAGAUUCUGUGACUCUGCGCUGCAGAUAUCAGGGAACUCCCUCUGACCUCACAGCUGGUUUCUACAAAGAUGGAUCCCUCAUCAGGACUGAGACUACAGGAAAGAUAACCAUCCCUGCAGUAUCCAAGUCAGAUGAAGGACUCUACAAGUGUUCCAACUCUAAAGGAGAAUCACCAGAGAGCUGGAUGACUGUGACGAUUGAGAAUAUGACAAACCAUAUGAACAGCCCUUAGCCGUGGUAUAUUGGCCAUAUACCACACCUCC